CACAAAGAACGUGGAGUUGUUUACAUUUGUGUCAGGAUCAUUUAAACAAGAGUUUAGAGUAAUGAUGCAGGCAUCAGCAUCAUUGGAUGAGGAACCGAGAACUCCAGAUGAUAAAGAAGAACCCAAGUUCUUAAGGCAGAUAAGCAUGUCAAACCUGAAGGAUGAAUUCUGUGACCCAGAUAACCCUAAAGCAAUACAGUUUGAGGACAUCAGUGCAGCCGCCUACAAAAUCAGGGAUGGCAUUAUGAAGACACCUUGUACGCGAUCUCGGUUAUCUGGACUUUUGGGUGUGAAUCUUUUCUUUAAGAAGGAGUUUCUGCAGUUUACUGGAAGUUUCAAGGAAAGAGGAGCCAGAUAUACCCUUAUGAUGUUGUCUAAGGAGCAAAAAGCAAAUGGAGUUGUGGCAGCUAGUGCAGGCAACCAUGCCCUCGCCCUCAGUUACCAUGGCAAGGAACUCAACAUCCCUAUUACUGUGGUGAUGCCUAAAAUAGCACCGUUGAUGAAGGUGCAGGCUUGUCGUUCAUAUGGAGCUAACGUCAUUGUUACUGGAAAGGAUAUAUCAGAGUCGAGAGAACAUGCUAUGAAGCUCGGAAAGCAGGAGGGUCUCAUAUACAUCAAUGGGUAUGACCACCCGAACAUCCUGGCAGGUCAGGGGACAGUAGGACUGGAAAUUCUAGAGCAAGUGCCUGACCUUGAUGCCUGUAUCAUCCCCGUUGGUGGUGCUGGGCUCAUCGCUGGUGCUGCACUGGCCAUCAAAAGUCUCAAGCCAUCUGUCCAGAUUAUUGGAGUGGAGUCAGAGACUUGUCCUAGUUUCACUGAAGCUUUGAAGGCAGGAAAGCCAGUGUACACCAACACAACAUCAACACUGGCUGAUGGUCUGGCUGUCCCUACUGUAGGUGUGAAUGCCUUUGUUACUGCAGCACCACUUAUAGACAAGAUGGUGGUUGUAGAGGAGCAGAGCAUUGCUCUGGCUAUCCUUAGACUGAUAGAGCUGGAGAAGGCAGUAGUGGAGGGUGCUGGGGCCACAGGACUGGCCGCCAUUAUACAGGGCAUGUUACCUGAGCUGGCAGGUAAAAGAGUGGUGGUCAUCCUGUGUGGUGGUAACAUUGACACCACCUGUCUAGGCCGUGUGUUAGAGAGGGGUCUUGCUGCUGAUGGCCGACUGGUCAGAUUUGUGGUAACGGUCAGUGACAGACCUGGUGGUAUCACAGAAUUAGCCAGAACCAUCUCAAAGAUGGGGAUCAGUUUGAAGGACAUGUACCAUGAGCGUGCUUGGAUAAAGUCAGACAUUUUUUCAGUUCAGGUGAAAUGUGUUGUAGAGACCAGAGAUGCUGAACAAAGUAAGGAACUUGAGAACGUUUUGCGGGAGAAGUACGAUCAUGUUGUGUGGGGUCCCGUACAUUAGAACUGGGUUUUAUCCCAAACUGUCUGCUGGCAAUCACAAUGCUACACCUUACUCAGGACAUGAUUGUUUCAGGUGUCCCAGAUAUUACUACUGCUGUAGUUUUGAAAUUUGGGAAUUAUUUAUUUUAGAAUCGGUGUCAUAAUCAAGAAUUGGUGACAUUUAACAUCAAGAUUCAAGAUGGUACUCAAAUUUUUACAGAUAAUGGUCCAUUAACAGAAGACAUUGUAACCCAACAUAAUUAACCAUAUGCCAUAGUUAAUAGUUGUGUUUAUUUCACUUUUUUAUAUACAAACAUGAUAGUCUCCAUGAUACCCAUGCUUAGUGCAGAUUGACAUGUAGUACACUCAAGAUGGCAAUAUGUUUUUUGGAAAUCCUUGAACAGUGUCUCCAUUAUCCCGGUUAAAAGUUGAUAUUUGUACAUGUUCUUUUUUUUUAUUUUAAGUUUGAAUAGCUAAAUAUAUCAAUAUUAUAUAUAUUGAUUUUUAAAUAGUUUUUUUUUACAUAUACUGCAGUUUAUUCACUUAUUCAGAUAUGCUCUGUAUUAAACACUGUCCAAUUCGUGCCCCCUAAUAUUGUUGAAAUUUCAGAGGCCCACUUUUGUUUAUAGUCCUAAAUUGUACAAUGGAAAAAUAAGUAAAACUAUGAUGGUAAACUAACUCUAUUUAAAGGGCAUUCAAUUUCAUUCUUUUGGUUAGUCUGUGUAGAGAUAAUCACCACGUUUGGUGUCCUACCACUGCUGUUAACUGCUGUGAUAUGAUUACUGUACACUAGAACUUUUAUUUUUGGAAUAGACCACCUGUUAAAUACACUCACCUAAAUGUCAUUUUUUAAAAAUUUCGAGUGCUGAAAGUACAUCAACUACAAUAUUUUUGACGUCGUCCGCUGAAAGACCGAAAGGUCCUGAUAGUGGACGUAAAACCUGUUAAGAUAAAUAAAAAAUAAAGAUUUUUAACUGAAUCUUUCUCUCUGUUUAUAUUUUGCCUGUAUCAUUUUCACCUGGUGUUGGCCAAGCUUUAAGAUACUUUUAUCUGUUUUAUGACGAUUCAUACAAACUUACCAAUGAGUGUAGUUAAGAUUGAUUUCUUUAGUGGUUUCUGACUUGUGUUGUUAUUGUAACAUAGAAGAUACAUUAAUAUACCCACUGUGUACAUCAUAUCUGUGAUAAAUUUUUUUACUUCAGGUGUUAAAAUUGUAAAUAGUGUUUCAGUGUGAAGUGGUGUUCAGAUAUAAUUAUAUAGAUAUAUUGUAUCAAAAUAGAAUCAGUAGGCAGUAGUAUUUAUACUACAUGUAAUAUAAAUUGAGAAGGCCAGGAAUUUGUAAAGAUGCAUGAAUACUUAUCAGUGACCUGUUAGACAACAGUGCUUAUUUAAUUUAAUUUAGUAAGUAAAAAUUUACAUGUUUAUUUAUUAAUUAUAAGUGAUUAUUACAAGGUAUGUUGAAUUCCUUACUCCAGUGAUGUGUCCCUAAUUCUCUCUAGAGGCUGGUAGAGGUCACUGAACAUGUUAUUUAUGGUCACAUCUCUCUCCUUUUGUGAGUUUGUUUAAUGUGUGUCCUGUUUUAGGAUAUUACCCCUUGUUAUCUAUUAAUAAAUCCCACCGGAGAGAUAUUCUUAUGUCAUAAUAUUGUUUUUUAUCAUAAAAUUUUGUUGACCCAAUUUCGCAAUAAAAUGUUUUGGAAUUUA